GCAUGGACAUCAAGAUGAACGAAGAGCGUAUUUGCGUUCUUUCCUCACAGCGACAUGCAGCUGGUGCGCCCACUGCUCCUGCUGCUACUGGCCACCGUGCUGGUUGCGACGGCGCGCGCCGACGGCAACGCGACGACGAGCGUGCCACCGCCGACGACGCUGGCACCGACACCUGCACCGACACCGGCACCAACGCCUUCGCCCACGACCAAGGCGCCGGAACCCACGACCGUGGCACCGACCACGAUCGCGCCAACAACGACGACAUUGUCGACCAAGACACCGGAGCCAUCAACGACGGUCGCGACGACGCCGCCCACCACGACGAAUACAGUAAAGCCGUUGACGCCGGCGCCGGUCGUCGUUGCCCCCACCGACGCGCCGAUCGUGGCCAGCAGCUCCGGCUCCAACGGGCACUCGACGACGAAAGCACCGUCCGCGACCAAAAAUGGCACGGCGACCUCGAGCGGCGACAGCGACUCGUCGACUGUCACGAUCAUCAUCGUUGGUGCCGUGGCGGCGGUCGCCGUCCUCGGUGGCCUUGUCGCGUUCCUCAUCUUGCGCCAGCGCCGCUUGACCGACGACGACGACGACAUGAUGACCGCCCGCGGGUACAAGUCGGAGUUUGGUCGGUCGACGUACGCCGGUGAGUAUGCGAUGAAGGCGCUACCCGCGCCGUCGACGGACGUCUACACGUCGUCGCAGGCGGCGGGUCCAAGCCGCUUUGACUACCCCAACGACAACACCGUCGUCUUCCACCAACAACCACAGAGUACCAACUACAACAACAACAACAACAACGGCCGCACCAACGAGUAUGCGGACGUACCACCGACCUCCAUGUCGAUGCUCGAAGCCGACGUCGGCACAAGCUUCUUCACAUGGGACUCACGCGGUACCGACAGCCACGGGCACAUGCCGGAUGACGUGGCCAGCGACCACGGCUCGUAUACAAGCGACAUCACCGGCGGGUACCGAGCGUCGUCGCCGGGGCGGUCGACCAACCCGUGGCAGUUUUCCAUCGACUCGUCGGCCGCCGCCAUGCAGACAGACCGCACGAUGCCCAGCAACGACUCGUUCCUCUCGGCGCGGUCGUCCGAAGAACGCGACUCGGCGCUUUCAGGUCGCUCCAGCGACGACCGAGCGUUCACGUUAUAA